UCGAUCUAUGUGGACCUAUGAAGACAGAAUCUGUAGGAGCUCGCUAUUUCCUGCUUGUAAAAGAUGAUCUAAGUCGCUUCAGAACUGUAUACUUCUUAAAAGGAAAGAAUGAAGCCAAAGACAAAAUCCGAAAAUGCAUCAAAUACAUUAAAAAUAACUUAAACUACAAAGUCAAGAUAAUAAGGACAGACAACGGUAAAGAAGAAGUUAACCGUUUAAUCAAAGAAACCAAAGAAGAAAAAGGAAUUGUUCAUCAGUUAUCCUGUAAAUACUCGUCACAACAAAACAGUAGAAUAGAAAGAGAAAUGCGAACAAUUGUUGAAGCAGCUAGAACAAUGAUCCAUGCAAAAGGAUUAUCCAAGUCAUUUUGGGCAGAAGCUGUAAACACAGCUGUACAUUUAUUUGUCGAAACCGUGUCUUCUUCUUGUUUCUUCUACUUCUAUGUCACAACUUGCGAGAACGGGAAAGUGUUAAACUACAAUUCAAACAUUCCGCAGUACAUAAAAGAAAACAUAUUCAUCAUGGAGCAUAAAAAGAUCGAAAACAGAACAAGCUCACUACAAAAGAAAGAAAAACACCUCAACGAACUGCGAACUAAAUUCCUAUUGAACAGCUACCCAAAACGAAUACUAAAUAACUGGGAAAGAAAGAUGAACAACAAAAGGCUGGAAAAUAAACAAAACAGAGAUAAAAACACAGUAAGAUACAUACCCUUCCCCUACAUUCGUGGCUUCUUUGAACAGGUAAACAAAAGUUUUGAUAAAAUAAAUAUAAAGCUAGCCUCAACCUAUAACAACUUGCAAAAAAGAAUCCGGGAGACUGAAUCUGACAUAAAUAAACAACCAGACAAAUACAAUACUACCGAAGUCGUCUAUAAAAUACCUUGCACAUGUGAACUGCCAAAAGUAUACAUUGGAGAAACAAAACGAAAAUUGGAAACAAGAUUAAAAGAACACAUCGCAGACCUGAAGUAUAGUAGAAUCAACUCUGUUUUUUACGAACAUUGCACGACCCACAACUGCAAAAUAGAUAAGAAUGAUGCAAUAAUAGUACACACAGAAAAAAAUUGGUACAAAAGAAAAUUCAAGGAAAGCUACGAAAUUACUACAGACAAAAAUAAUAUUAACAAGAACCUAAGCAUUGACAUUCAUAAAAACUAGCUACAAUUAUUAAAAUAGA